UCUCUUUCAUUCACUCUCUCAGUCUCUCUGAGUAACUCAUUUCUCUCAGAAUCACACACAAAUCAGUGUUGUUGCUACGGACUGAGUCUUGAUGAUUUAAGAAGCUACUGAAGUUUUUAAAGGACACAUCAAUAUGAGCGAGUCUAUGGAUAGGAUCAGUAACAUACCUGAAUCACUUCUUCACCAUAUUAUUUGUUUCCUUGAAAUCAAGGACGGUGCUCGUACUAGGAUGUUAUCGAAAAGAUGGAACUCAUUUUGGACCUCUAUCCCCACCCUUAGAUUCCACAGGCCUCUUUACUGUACCCUCCCCCCUCCCUCUUAGACCGACAAAUUCAUGGAUUUUGUGGAUGGAACAUUGCAUCGUCAUAAUUCGUCAAAUAUACAAAACUUCUUUCUCUACUGGCGUGUGCACUUGAAUGAAACUCGGGUUCAUUCAUGGAUCUCUACUGUAAUAAGGGGGAACGUUAAAGAGCUCGGUCUAUACUUAACCCAAACUCAACCCUUAUUUAUUCCCGUAUCUCUUUUUACUUGUGAAUCACUGACGUCGUUGGAGCUAGGAGCACAACAUAAUGUCACCCUUCCCAAAUAUAUCUCUUUUCCAAGACUCAAACGCCUUAAACUUUAUAAAUUGGUGUUUAGCGAUGAGUGCUGGAAUGAUGAACUCUUUUCAAAUUCCACUGCCCUUGAAGAAUUGAUUCUGGACUUCUGCAUUUUUGAUAUGAGGAGUUUCUGUAUUUCAAUUCCUACGUUGAAGCUUUUGAAAAUUCAUUGUCUGGUGAUAUAUGAUGGUUUACAAGACUGUGCUCUCAAAAUUAAUGCACCAAGUCUUUUGACGUUCGCCUACUCGGCCGAUGUUGCAAAAGAAUAUGCCAUCCCUAGCUUUCUGACACUGGUGGAAGCAGUUGUUUGCUUUAAAUUUGAACGAAAAGGUGCUCAAAUAAGUCGGUUACUUCGAGCCCUUGCACAUGUAAAACGUCUAACUGUCAAUGAUUCAACCCUACAGACUAUGUGCUCUGCAUAUGAUCCGUCGAACAGUUUGCUGACAUUUCAUAAUGUCAAAAUGUUGAACGUAUCUGACGUACUAACCACCGAUCAAGGACUAAUUGCUUUGCUCAAAGCAGUACCUAAUCUGGAGUCGCUCGUAUUUAAUGAGUAUAUUAAUGAUGAACGAGAAGAAGAUAGUGACGAGGACGAUGAGGACGACAGUGAAGGCGCUCAGGAAGAUGGGGAUGAGGACGAUGAUGUCGACUCUGUUGAGGGCGAAAACAACCUCGGCAAUGAAGACGAAGGAGAUGUCUCUGACGCUGCUGAGUGUGACGACAAAAAAGAGGGUGAAAGCAAUGAUGAAGAUGAUAGUUGGGCGCUUGGUACUGUGACCACUGGAUGUUUAUUUCCACAUCUUAAAUCAGUUUUCUUUGAGGAAUUUGCUGGGAACCCAAGGGAGCUGAAGUGGGUGAAGCUGAUUUUGAAGAAUGCAAAAGCUUUGCAGACGAUGAAUAUCUGUUACUAUGAUACUGCUUUAUGCUUCGUAAAUGGGAAAAGUGAAAAAGAACUUAUGGAAGAGAUACCAAGUUUUCCAAGAGCCUCGACAGGUUGUGUGGUUAGAUUCCGUUCUUUGGAUGGGAACUCGGUUGUUAUUCAUUGAAAGCAGAAGUAAGUUAAAAUCAGCUUUGUACAUCUGACUGUUCUCCAUUUCUGAAUCAGACUCACAAAUGGUAAACAUGUAGAACCCCAAAAAUGAAACACAAGUUUGAGGUUUCUGUUUACAAAGCCAAACAAUUGAUUGUUUUGCAUAUUUUGAUGCAGUAGACUGCAAAUUUAUCUAACUAGCUUGAAAAUUACAAUUGCAAUUCUUUCGGAAAUAGGUUUUAAACUGUGAUAGAGAGAAAACAUUGAUUCAUUUGUGAUUACUCAAGAGUCUGUAAUCCUUGGCCCUAGAGGUCAUGGUUGUUUUAACCUA